AUGGAGAGUAAGAAACAAAAAUUAGAUGUUCGCGGUUUUCAAGACUGUUGGACGAAUGAAUAUGGAUUUAUACAACAAAAGGAUCGUGCUGUAUGUGCGAUAUGCCGCGAAAGUGUAGUAUGCCGCACAUCAAGUGUACAAAGACAUUUCCAAACCAAACAUCAGUCCACAUUUAAUAGCAACGAUGAGAAAUGUGAAACUAUAAAGAAAGCUGUUUCUUGUUAUAAGAAACAAAUAACUUUUUUUUGUGGAAUGACUGGAACGAAGGCUAAAGCGACAGAAUGCAGCUUCGCAAUUGCUCAUUGCAUAGCUGCCAAAGGCAAACCCUUUACAGAUGGAGAAUAUAUAAAGGAAAUUUUUAUAAAAAGUGCUGAAAAGUUGUUUAGCGAUUUACCUAACCAACAAACCAUAUUAUCCCGAAUUCAAGAAAUACCGGCUUCUGCGCGAACAAUUGAAAGAAGAAUAACUGAAAUGGCAGACAAUGUAACAACAAAACAGAAUGCUGGAUUACAAGAAGCUGUUUCAUUUAGUGUUGCUGUUGAUGAAAGUACCGACGUAAAUGAUAUUGCGCGGCUUGCGGUAUUUGCACGGUAUUGUAAUAAAGAUCAAGUUAAUGAAGAAUUGUGUACUUUGAUUCCUCUGUAUGGGACAACUAAGGGGGAGGAUAUUCUUUCUUCAUUCAUAAGUUAUUUUGACAGCAAGAACAUUAAUGUCAAAAAAAUAUUUUCUGUAACUACUGACGGCGCAGCUGCAAUGAUUGGCAAAGAUAGAGGAUUUGUCAAACUUCUUGAAAAUCAUAUUGGACAUAAAAUAUUGAACUUCCAUUGUAUAAUACACCAGGAAAGUUUAGUUGCCAAAAUUUCGUCACAGCGCUUAAUUCCUGUAAUGAAUACUGUUGUUAAAAUAGUUAAUUUUAUAAUGUCUCGCUCUUCACUAACACACAGACAAUUUAAAUCUCUUUUAGAAGAAAUGGAAAGUGAAUAUGUUGACCUUCCCUCAUACAGCCAUGUUCGUUGGCUUAGUCGGGGAAAUGUCUUAAAUAAGUUUGUGUCAUGUCUGGAACCCAUCAAAGUUUUUCUUAACGAAAAGGAACAACAUUUCCCCGAAUUGAACGAUGAAGAAUGGUUAGGCAAAUUAAUGUUUCUGACCGAUGUAACAAAUCAUCUAAAUGAAUUAAACUUGAAAUUGCAAGGAAAGCGCCAAACGGUGCUCGAAUUAUUUGAAUAUUGGACAGCAUUUGCGUCAAAAUUAAAUAUAUUUUUACGUGAUAUUAACACGAGCACCUACAAAUACUUCCCAAAUGUGAGAGCGCUUGCAAAUGAAUCGACCGUAAACAACAAUGAACUCAAAACCUACGUUGAAGCACUUAAAGAUGAAUUUUGCAAAAGAUGCAAAGAUUUUGAAGCUUAUGUGCCUAUAUUUUCCUUCCUCAUACAGCCAGAUUUAGAUUCAUCAACAAUACCGUUCGAUUGUCCAAUUUUCGAGUGGAUGAAUGUUGAUAAUUUAGAAAUGGAAAUUAUCGAACUAACAUCGUCAGAAUUAUGGAAAACAAAAUUUAAAGAACUACGAAAAAAUCUAGAAGAUGACUCUAUAGAAAAAUCGACGGACGAGCAAUUACAGCAAGCAACCAAAUUAACUGCAAGAGAGCGAAGAUUUAUCAGAUUUGCAUCGACGGAAUUUGACAAUCAAUUGUACAUGACACCACAAGAUUUUCUAGACAGUGUGGUGGAACAAGAUCCUAGACCCCGCCUGAAGCGUCGACAGCUGACUUUGUCGGAGGUUCAAGCGCUUAAAUCUUCGACGCCUACGCUCAAAAAAGGAUCACAUCAGAUGUUUAGGAACCUUAGAGAAAAAGGAAUAAUAUCUUACACGGAAUAUUUAUUUCUGCUCUCUAUAUUAACAAAGCCACAAUCAGGAUUUAAAAUAGCAUUUAAUAUGUUCGACACCGAUGGUAAUCAAAGAGUGGAUAAAAUGGAAUUUUUAGUGAUCAGAAGAUUGCUGGGUGGUUCAAUGGAAGAUCGAGAAUUGGAUGAAGGAACUAGAAAAGCAGUGAGUGUUCCUAUCUGCCUGCAUCCAAACUUUUCCUAUCUCAAUAAAGAGCG